UUUCAGGUAGCUAUUAAUCAGGUGUGAAAAUGAUCCAAAACGAAGUUUCCGCUACACAUGGAUCAACUAAGAAAGGAAUCACCUAUAACACAAUCUUAGAAGCCGCUCAACGUCCAACUCCACUUGUCCCACUCAAAAAACUGAAGGUUGAACAUCAACUUCAGAGUGAUAUUUAUGUGAAGCUAGAGUAUCUCAAUAUUGCGGGAUCUUUGGAAGACCGUACCGCUGACAAAGCUUUCCAGUUUGCUGAAGAGAUUGGAGUUGUGAGAGGAGAUGAAGUUUUUGUGACCGCCGGUGGGUCUGCAGCCAUCUCAUACGCAACAGUUGCUGCUGUGAAGGGCAUCAAAUUGACCAUCUACGCACCAAAGGGAGAAUUCGAUCUUGUGGAUACUGUCUUGCAUACCCUGGGAGUCAAAACUGUUGAACUUCCAUUUGGAACAUUUGCAGAGGCUCGUGUUCAAACUGAUGAGGCUGCUCAACAAAAAGGUGUCUUCAGCUUGAAUAAGUUCACUACCAAUGCCGCAUUUGUUGCAAAUCUUCAAAAAACCGCCCUCGAAAUUGAGAAAGCUGUUAAUAACAAGUCGAUUGGCAAAGUUGGAGCAGUUGUUAUUCCAUUGAAUACCGGAGCUGCCGCUGCUGGAAUUGCAGCAUAUUACAAGGGAAUCGGUGAACAUGGUGUUCGCGUUGUUGGAGUCACAUGCAAAAAGGAUACUAUUCCAGAAAUGGGAUUGGACUUGAAAAAUGAUCUUCUCCAGGAGUACAAUGUUGAAAAACGAGAGGUCGAAGAAGAUGAAGCUUAUUCUUUCACUCGACAUCUCAUUGGAACUGAAGGAAUCAUGGCUGGACCAUCAUCUGGAGCCGCUGUUCUUGAAGCAAUCAAACUCGCUAAGGAACUACCAGCUGGAUCAACAAUUGUCGUUGUUCUUAUGGAUGGAAUUAGAAAUUAUCUCCGUCAUUUCCUCGAUGAUGAUUGGAUCACCGCUAACAAGAAAGACGUGGUGACCAGAAAAGAUGGACCACAACCAAACAGCAUUUACGAUCCAAAAGUGCUUGUGUAUGAUCCAACUAAACUUGCUGGAGAGUGGACUCAAGAUCCUGAAACCAAAUCAUGGAGCCAUUCCGAAGUUGAAUUCAACAAGUUCAAAAAGGCCACUGGUUCUUGAUACAGUUCUCGAUGCCAUCGGCAAGACUCCACUCGUCAAGCUUCAACACAUUCCAAAGGCACAUGGAGUAAAAUGCAACGUUUACGUCAAGUGUGAGUACAUGAACGCUGGGGGAUCAACAAAGGAUCGUAUUGCCAAAAGAAUGGUUGAAAUUGCUGAGAAGACUGGAAAACCUGGAAAGUUGGUUCCAGGAGUAACCCUCAUCGAGCCAACCUCCGGAAACACCGGAAUCGGACUUUCGCUUGCAUCUGCUGUCCGUGGGUACAAAUGCAUUAUCACCAUGCCAAAGAAAAUGUCAAAGGAAAAGUCAAUUGCAAUGGCUUCUCUUGGAUCAACCAUCAUCCGUACUCCGAAUGAGGCAGGAUUUGACAGCCCACAUUCACACAUUGGUGUUGCUCUCCGUCUUAAAAGUGAAAUUCAAGAUGCGGUAGUUCUUGAUCAAUACUGCAAUCCAGGAAAUCCGUUAGCUCAUUAUGAAGAAACCGCUGAGGAAAUCAUUUACGAUAUGGGGGAUAAGCAUAUUGAUCUCGUGGUUCUCACUGCUGGUACAGGAGGAACUGUUACUGGAAUUUCUCGCAAAAUCCACGAGCGUAUUCCAACAGCCAAGGUGGUCGGAGUCGACCCUCAUGGAUCUAUUCUCGCUGGACCUGCCGAGACUGACAUCGACUUCUAUGAGGUUGAAGGAAUUGGAUACGAUUUUUUGCCAGGAACUUUGGACACUAGUGCCAUUGACUAUUGGGCAAAGUCUCAUGACAAGGAGUCGUUCUUGAUGGCUCGCGAGCUCAUCAGAUCUGAGGGUAUUUUGUGCGGAGGAUCUUCCGGUUGCGCGGUUCACUACGCACUUGAAGAAUGCAAAUCGUUGAAUCUUCCAGCCGAGGCUAAUGUCGUUGUUCUUCUUCCCGAUGGAAUUAGAAAUUACAUCACUAAAUUCCUCGACGAUGAUUGGAUGAAUGAGCGUCAUUUCCUAGACGCCUAAGCUAUGAAGAACUUUGAAUUUGUCUCCACCAUUCCGUAUUUUCAUCUUGACAAUCUACACGUAUUACUUGGUCCGUAUUAUUUGGCUUCUUUACUUUUUUUUUCAAUUCGCGAUUUUACUCUGUUUUAAAUAAAAAUGGUUUUGUGACAA